AUGCAGGCCGCGCUGGGCGAUAGCAAGCGAGCAAGCAGGGUAGGAGGGCGGGAGGGCGGGAAGGAGGGAAUCACGCGUCACGGGACAAGGCUCGUUGAGCGAGACGCGUCGAGCUGUUUACGCGUGUGUACGCGUACUGACAACCGCCCCGCCCAGCUCUCCUCGGAGGCCCUCGAAGACGGAAGAUCCGCCCGGCUCUCACGUCCUCGCACCUUCCCUUCGCGAAGUGACGCUCGAAAGCUCGAAGCGUUCCUAUACUCGUACAGUACUGCGCGAAGCUCGAAGAGCGCUCGUUCUCCGUCUAUCGAUACGUGUACAGUAGCAAAUACAACUAUAGUAGUAGUGGCGGCGGCGGCGGCGGCGGCGGCGGCACCAGCUGAGCUCAGGGCAGGGCAGCCCCGACCUGAGCUAACCCUCCAAACUCUAAGUCCCUCGUCUUUGUGUCGAAUCCAUCACUCGAUUCGACCAGACCCGCCCGGCGCCGCCAUCCGCCGACGAGCGCGCCCGAUCCACUCUUUUUCGUCCGUCCAGCCAGCCAGCCGACCGACCUCUCUCUACCCCGACCGACGACCGACGCCCCGCUAG